UAACGUCUCGAGAAAUGUACGGUCGCUUGGCACCCCGAAAGUGAACGCAACUGACAUUCAGUGCCGUUGGAGAGUACACGUUAAAACUGUCGAUAUGAGUAUGGUCGCGAUUUGGUGGUACGUGUUCUUCGAAUUGUAACAUUUUGACGAUAAUCGUCGAAAAGAAGAGCAACGGAAUGCGGUGGAGGAAUUGAAACAUAUGAUAAUCGGCGGCACGGUGAUUGUGUAAACGUGUGCAGUGACUCAAUCCUCUGGAAGGGAAACAAUGGUAACGUCGGAGGUUUCUGACAACCUUGCCGCUAUUCUUUGACUCCUUUAACUGAUAGAUCUCGACGGAGGAAUUAUGUCGAAUAAUAAUUUAAGCUCGAUGGUAGAGAAAGACACCUCCAGCAGGAGCAGUAUUUUAAUUCAAGAUGAAAAAGCAUCUGGUGAAAAAUAUGGAAAAAGUAACACGAUGUCUAUGUAUAGGAGUAACGAAGAAUUAUCAGGGAAAUGUAGCAAAUCUACUCAGAUUGACUUCACGCAAUUCUCUCACGGUAACCAGAGAAUAAGACCAACUUCUUUAGCAUAUUUUCCUAAGCAGUCACAAAUGAGCGAGUCUAGUUCUUGUUACAAUUCGAAGAGUCCUUUAUACCCGGUUCAAAGUGAGCUUGUUCUAUCGCCAAGGAACAGACACAAUCGUUAUGUAGCGUUAGAUAUGAGAUCGAUGGGUAGCCUUCCGUUUUCAAACAGUCAUAUCUCAGCGAAUAAUGCAUCGUACACAUGCUGUUGCACUUGUGUGGGAUCACCUGUGCCACCGACGUCUUCUUCUCAUCACACAGAAGAACAAGAUGGUCCUGAAGGUCUCUCUUGGAGGAGACUUCACAUGAGUAGAGCUAAAUUAAAAGCGACAGCGACCACGUCGGAACUGUUGAGUGGAUUCGCGAUGGUGGCUAUGGUCGAGUUACAAAUAAACGAACCAACCGCGGUGCCUGAAUGGUUGUUUGUAAUGUUCGCUGUUUGCACGACGGUCCUAGUAUCAGUUCACAUCUUUGCUUUAAUGAUAAGCACGUAUUUAUUGCCUAAUAUCGAGGCCAUCAGUAAGCUUCAAGUGUCUCGACUCGUCACGGAGUCUCCUCAUGAAAGAAUGCGUGGCUUCAUCGAACUGGCUUGGGCAUUUUCCACGGUGUUAGGGCUGUUCCUCUUCCUCGUGGAGGUUGCCAUACUGUGCUGGGUGAAGUUCUGGGAUUACUCGUUUACUGCAGCCACUGCCAGCACCAUCAUAGUGAUACCUGUCCUCAUAGUGUUCAUCGCAUUCGCCGUACACUUUUAUCACUCGUUGGUGGUGUACAAAUGCGAGUCCUCGGUGAGCGAUAUGAAUGAGUUGGAAAGCAUAAAGAAGAAUCUGGACAAUGUGACGAUGGGGCAAAGCAGCGUGUAA